AUGAGACGAACCGACCUGGGAAUGCCGAGUUCGGAAGCUGACAACGAGUCGCUGCCACCGAAGCAUUUGUCUUUCACACCAGACGCCGCGCGUCCCGCAACAACAACAGGCAACCGCGCUGAAAAAAGUCCUUUGGACUUUCAGCGACAGGAAAUUGAAGAAAAUGUGCAGAUUUUGAAAGUACAAGUUGCUACCGUCAAAGACGAAUUGGAGAAAUUGAACUGUGAAUCCAGGCACUUUCAGUCUCUAAGUGAAAUUCGAGGCCAGCUGUGUAACAACUGUCAUUGCUGUGGGCAUACAAAAGUUGAGUGUUCAAAAGCUCCUUGCACGGACAUAAACGCAUGUAAAAUAAAGGAAAAGCACCCAGAGCACAAAGCUAAAAUUAGCCAACUUCAGCGGGAGAUAAGAUUUCUUGAAAACAAGGCCCAAGAAGAGGAAGCCCACCUCAAAGGUUUUACAGCUGCACGUGAACGCGCAAAAUUUUCGUUUUUCUACGUAAUGAGACCUAGAUUGAAAAAGCAAAACCAAGUUAAAUACUCAAACAGAAGUCGGUUGGACAGAGAUCUUAUAAUUUUACAAAGAGCGAUAAAAAAGGCUCCCGAUUGA